GAGUCAGGGCACCUAAGGGGAAGAAGGGGUCGUCUGGGGCUGAUAGGAGGGCAUUCGUCAUCGGGGUCGUGGUGGGUCGAGACUGGAUGGGGGAGGUCGUCGGUGCCCACUGCAAGGGUAGAGGGGACCAGUCAAUUCACCUGGAGCCCCAGCGCUCCGACCUGAGGGUCCUCAAGGUCGACGGUAAAAGGUCUACCUAAAAGGUCUACCGGGAGAUGAAGGAAGGAGCUGGGGAGCGUGGAUGCGGGAAAAGACUGGAGCAUCUCCGGGGGUUUAACCUGAGAUGGUUAGUUUAGUACAGGAUGCGGAGGCGGCCGCAAGGAAGACCCCGCUCCAAGUCCUUGAGCUUUUAAUAAAUGGCUCUUUGGUGCUGGGGUUUGGGCAUUCGAGUAGCUGAAGCCGAGUGACUUUGUGGCAGCGAGGGAGUUGCAUUGACAGAAGGAUGCUAAGGAACAGCAGAAAUACACUUGGUGUGGUUCUCAACUUUGAAGGCUAUGGGGGUCAGUCACGAGCUUUUAACAUUUUUAUUUUGGCGUUCCAAGCAAACGGUGGCUCGCUGCUGGACUUCGCUCUUCUAAUCAAUGGAUAAAGUGGGGAAAAUGUGGAACAACUUCAAAUACAGGUGCCAGAAUCUCUUCAGCCAUGAAGGAGGAAGCCGAAGUGAGAAUGUGGACAUGAACGCCAACAGAUGUCUGUCUGUCAAAGAGAAAAGCGUCAGUCUGGGCGAGGCAGCUCCUCGGCAGCAGAGCAGUCCGUUAAGAGAAAAUAUUGCCUUACAGCUGGGACUGAGCCCUUCAAAGACCUUUUCAAGACGGAACCAAAACUGUGCCGCAGAGAUUCCUCAGGUUGUUGAAAUAAGCAUUGAGAAGGACAGCGACUCGAGCGCUACCCCAGGAACGAGGCUUGCGCGAAGAGACUCCUAUUCCCGACACGCCCCGUGGGGAGGCAAGAAGAAGCAUUCCUGUUCCACAAAGACCCAGAGUUCACUGGAUACUGAGAAAAAGUUCGGUAGAACUCGCAGCGGCCUUCAGAGGCGGGAGCGGCGCUAUGGAGUCAGCUCCAUGCACGACAUGGACAGUGUAUCCAGCCGCGCGGUCGGGAGCCGCUCUCUGAGGCAGAGGCUCCAGGACACUGUUGGUUUGUGCUUCCCCAUGAGAACUUACAGCAAGCAGUCAAAGCCUCUCUUUUCCAAUAAAAGAAAAAUACAUCUUUCUGAAUUAAUGCUGGAGAAAUGCCCUUUUCCUGCUGGCUCAGAUUUAGCACAAAAGUGGCAUUUGAUUAAACAGCAUACCGCUCCCGUGAGCCCACAUUCAACAUUUUUUGAUACAUUUGAUCCAUCACUGGUGUCUACAGAGGAUGAAGAAGAUAGACUUCGUGAGAGAAGACGGCUUAGUAUCGAAGAAGGCGUGGAUCCCCCUCCCAACGCACAAAUCCACACCUUUGAAGCUACUGCACAGGUCAAUCCAUUGUAUAAACUGGGACCAAAGUUAGCCCCUGGGAUGACGGAAAUAAGCGGAGAUGGUUCUGCAAUUCCACAGACGAAUUGUGACUCAGAAGAGGAUUCAACCACCCUGUGUCUGCAGUCACGGAGGCAGAAGCAGCGCCAGGUGUCCGGGGACAGCCACUCACACAUUAGCAGACAGGGAGCUUGGAAAGUUCAUACGCAGAUCGAUUACAUACACUGCCUUGUACCAGAUUUGCUUCAGAUCACAGGGAAUCCCUGUUACUGGGGCGUGAUGGACCGCUACGAAGCAGAAGCCCUCCUAGAAGGGAAACCGGAAGGCACGUUUUUGCUCAGGGACUCUGCGCAGGAGGACUACCUCUUCUCUGUGAGCUUCCGCCGCUACAACAGGUCCCUGCACGCCCGGAUCGAGCAGUGGAACCACAACUUCAGCUUCGAUGCCCACGACCCUUGCGUGUUUCACUCCUCCACUGUCACGGGACUCCUCGAACAUUAUAAAGACCCUAGCUCUUGCAUGUUCUUUGAACCGUUGCUUACGAUAUCGCUGAAUAGGACUUUCCCUUUCAGCCUGCAGUACAUCUGCCGCGCAGUGAUCUGCAGGUGCACUACAUACGACGGGAUUGAUGGGCUCCCUCUACCGUCCAUGUUACAGGAUUUUUUAAAAGAGUAUCAUUAUAAGCAAAAAGUUAGGGUUCGCUGGUUAGAACGAGAGCCAGUCAAGGCAAAGUAACCCCUGUUCCCAAAGGGCACUAACUAGGUCUGCUCUCAUGCAUCAGACAGCACCCAUAGGAGGCAGAGUCAGCUGCUGGGGUUUUCCACCCAGAAUGGGAGCUUAGUCAUUAGCUUCUGCCCGAUGGGGUCAGCUGUUACUCUGACAAAGGUGCCUAGGGACAGCAGGGUGGUUUGCAGGCGUUCGGUGGGCUGUAACAACUGAGGGAAACAACUCUGGGGCAUUUGCUACGAAGAAUUCUAUUUCUUACUGAAGAACAAAUUAUUAAUAUUGGAUGGGUAUUUCAACAGUGUGACUAAUGUUUGAAAUUAUUUUUUCUAAGAAUUUUUCUAUAACCUUCCAAAAAAUAGUGGUUUGUAGUUACUAUAAUUCAAGCUUUGAAAGUCCAAAACAAGUAAAUAAAAGACUGCCUUCCUUUUAGAGAAAAACAAAUGCAGUUUUUCUGGCCACAGGGCAUUGUGCAGUGUCAGUGUGGUUUAGAGUCAGUCUCUUUUCUCCUCAGAGAAGGAGGCUCUAAAAUAAACCAGGCUUUUCUAAGAUAGUUCUUAAACCUCGAGAUUCAAGCUUAGCGUGGCGUUCUGUACAAAACCCCCAGCGUCCACUUGGGAUGAGCUCGGAGCAUGCAGUCGGAGUCUCUGGUGGGGCGUUUUCCUAGCCUGACACAUGCAGUCCACACACUGUCUCAUUACACUUGGAAUCUUUUCCUGUGCCCUGGACUUUGUGAACCCAGAGGAAAGCGAGACUGGGAGAUGCCCAGACACAUCAGACAGUAGUAACUCCACUGGCUGACGAAGCUGAGCUGUGUUAAACUCUAACUAAUCAUUUGGAUGGCAGUAUUUAUCUGUUGUAAGCUCAUAGCUGACUUACUUAAGUACAGUUUAUAUUAUACAAUUUUAGUGCAGUUAAUUCUGAACAGAAAACCUGAAGUCUACAUUGCAGAUUUAAAAGGUACUGUACACCCAUGAUGCCUGUAGAUAAUUUACUUGGCACCUUUUGUCACUUAGAGUAGUACGUAAUACAACUUGAGUGAGCGCUUUGGGACGUGUCCUUGAGUUCUAGUGUUGCUUCUUAGUGUUGGACUGUGUUCUCAGUUUUGUCCUAGACCUUUGCACUACAGUAGCCAAAUCCAUUCUCGUGUCUGUUACCGUGCUCUGUGACUGCUGCCGAGAACCCCUCACUCGGUCUUCACGCCGGCGGCUGCAGGAGGUUACUUUAUGUCCCUAUGGCCAUUGCCAGGGCUUCCGGAAAGAAAUGCUACAUCUGUAUGCAGCACUAACCCUUUGACCGCUAACGUAUGUUUCUGCUUGCUGUGCCUUGUUCUGGCUGCUUUUUCGUGCUAAUAAAGUCUGUUUGGUGUUCUCCCUGUAUAUCUGCUGUUUUCUACAUUUGCCACAGUUUCUCUUGUACGUGGAAUGGUUUGGGGUUUUAAAAUGAGCAUUAACCUGACAACUUUCUGCAGCUAACGCAGACUCACCUGCAGCCUAAUCCUGUCAGAGUAAGCCGAGUGCUCUUUAGCUUUCUAACCCCUCUCACGUCCUUCGAAUCAGUGUCUCAGAGAAGCGAUUGCUCUGCUCUGUAGUGAGGCUGAAACCAGCGGCAGUGUUAGCAGAUGAGCGUUAGAGCGUCGGGCUGCACCAGAAACAGGUGACUCGGAGUCUGCGCCCAGAACCGUCAGCUCCGCUUAGUGGUUUGGGGACCAUUUUAAUUGAAGAUAAAUGCCUGAAAUGUGGACCUUUAACCAAAGACUUGUUCAUUUUAAUGCAGAAUGGGGAUGAAAGGAACUUAGAUCUUUCUGUUACUGUAGUAGACGUCCCUGAGGAACAUAUACCAAAGUGUUUGAGAACUUCAUCCAAACCUACUUUCAAAGCAUAAUGUGCAAUUAAGUUGUUGUGACGUAAUUAUAUUGCAUAAUUGUUGGGUCUGUUUUCUUGAGCUUACAAUGUACCUGGGAAAUGAGCGUCGUCAGGAAGGAGGAGUCCACGCUGAGGACUGGAGGAAGACUGAGCAGGAGAUGCUGUGACAAGAACUUGAAACACGGAGAGAGCAUUGGUGUUUUAUACGCUUAUAGCAAAUUGGUGUUCUCACUAUAGUUUUAUGAAGAUAUUAAUGCUUUUAUGUAUUUCAGAACUUUUCCUGUGUUAAUGCAAAUUGUUUUAAGUGUAACUAUUGAGUUUAUGUGAGCAUGUGUCCACUGUGCUAAAGGCACCUUGUUUCAGUUUGUGUACAAUAUAAAUAUGCAACUUUGGGGGUUAUUUUUUUGUUAAAAUAUUAGUAGCUUACAUUUAAAAAAAAAAAGAAAGAAAGAAAAAUCACCAGCA